AUGUGGGUGCUCGCUGGUCCCUUCGAUGAUGCCUGCCUAGAAGAGCCCCAGGCACAUCGGUCCAAACUUCUGAAAGCGGGUAAAACUUAUAUAGUAGGGCGGAAGGACCAACCUCUCGUUCUCGGACACAAGAAGAUAUCCAGAGAACACGCCAAAUUUGUUGUAGCAGAGUGCUCGAUUGAGGACGCGACGAAUCCAGCUUUUAUCCCCAGCCUCACUCUCGAGUUCUUCAAGUCAGAAUCUAAGAAAACCAUCUCUCGACACAUGAUUCGCGUUGGGAAGGACGACCCAUAUGUUAUCAAUCCAGGAGAAGUAGCGGAUCUCCAGCAUGGGGAUGUCGUGCAUAUGGUGACAGGUGUCACAGUAACAGUCCAAUGGGUUAAGGUCUGUUGUUAUAGACCGCCUUCUCCUGCAAUGCCAUCCUUCUCCCUCCAGGAUUGCUCGGAACUAGGAAUAUGUAUGACUCCUGCUCAUCGGCCCGACGUUACCCAUCACCUUACCCCAACGUAUUCGCUCACACCUGAUUUAGCGGCCUCGCUAGUCGCUGUCGCAUGCAUUGUUAGACCUGAAUGGUUGACUGAAGUGAUCCGUCUGGGCUCGUCCACUAAUGCAGCGCCAUCUGCUCUUGAAGAGUCUUUUUCCUUACCACCCACUCACAAAUUCUACCCCUCGUUCUCACCUUCCCUCCCAAUCUCCCUGAGAACUUUCGGAAAGUGGGGACAAAAUGAGGCACGGGUGGCUCUAUUCCGUGGCUUUCGAUUCAUCUUCGUUGUUGAGAAGGGAAGAGAAAUCCAAGAAGCAAUGAGAGCGCUUGUCAAACAAAGUGAAGGGUCACAAGUUGGACAUGAGUCUUCGCCUUUACCCGAUGUUGUGCCCAACACCCACCCGGACGAGCCAUCGAUUCCUCCUGUACUAGCCGAGAAUGCACCGAGGAGAAACCUUCCGCGAAGAGCGAUCUCCCGUACAUCGUCCCUUGCACCCUCUCCCCCACCGGCUAUAGUCGAAGAAGUCGUUACCGCCGAGGACCCGCAACAUAAGCCUCGUCGAAUCCUGGUUCGCAGGGCUGGAAAACCAAAAACCCCUAUCAUAGGCAUUGACGAUCCGUCAGUUGACGACUUUGAUGGUGAAUUGCUCCUUAGCCAAGCAAUACAAGAUGUCGCUCCAUCGCCUAUGGAACCCUCGGUGAAAUUUGAUGCUCUUACUCAGACUUCAGCGCCUCCGAGGUCUCGUUUGAAGCGUCGCGCUGGCACAUCACAAACCACCCCGAGCAACCAUUAUGGCCUAACCAUUGAAUCUCUAGAACCAGGCAUGAGCGAACCGCCGCUGAAAAAAUUCAAAUCAUUGUUCGAGGAAAGCGAUCCGGAGAGGAUCAUACAAUCUGAUAGCGCGAUGGAAUUUGGCACUUAUUCUUCGCAGCCUGCUCAGAGCCUGACACAGAGCGAGACAGGUAUGACGCAGGCCGCUUCUAGGUCACGCGUCGCUGAGGUUGUCCUGUUGGCUCCACUGGCUGAAGAGGAGGAAGAGAGUAUGAGUGGAUUAGGGAUUGAACCUGGUACCUCCUCGACCACACAGGAACGGAUGUUGAAGAGGAAGAUCCAAGACGUUGGCGAAGAUGCUGUGAUGGAGGAGGCACCAGGAAGAGUCAAGCGACGCGCCGUGGAGAAUGUGAAUGCGAUUGAGUCAGAGAUAGUGCGAGCUGUUCCUAAGCCCUCCACCAACCUAGCCUCCAAACCUUCUUCUAAAACUGCUGCUAAACCUCCGUCAAAGGUGCUGCAGAGUCAAAAGAGUCAGAAGCCAUCAAGCACUGCUCUAAGCAAACCAGAUGUCGACGAGGCGUUUUUGAGGGCCGUUGCCACUACGAAGCGCGGGAAAAAAGCAGAAGAUUCAUUUGACAGGGAAUUUAAUAACUUGCGUAUCUCCAAGCCUGAAUUGAAUAAGGAUCAGCAGCAAAAAGAGUGGGCGGUCUUGGAUGACUUUGGUGAUGAAAAAAAUCUGAGAGGAAAUUUCAUGGUAAUUGUGGAGAUGGAUGUAUACAAAAAGGAGGAUGGCCGGCAAGGGUUAAAGCUGGGCCAGGGAAGGAUUGAUUGGGAAGGAAGGCGGGAUUUCAAGAAGUUCAAGCGGAAAUCGCCUCUCGAUAGAAGACUGCCUGUUGAACUAAUCGUUGAAGACGAUAAAGACUAUGGUGUAGGAUCUCAAUACUGGAAGGACUCGACACAAGUGCAAUCACAGCCUGACAUCAACGUAGCAGAACGUCCUCAGGUUCGAAAGCAGCAAGUUAAAUCUGAAACUCAAAUACAGCGCAAGGGGAAAAGGAGAGCGUCCCCGAAAGCCUCUGAUAGUGAUGAGGAUGAUUCAUCUCUAACGGCGAAGACGACACAAACUCGAACAGCAUCGAGCCAGACACAAAAAAGACAAACAAGGCAAACAGGACGAAAGGACACACAAGCACUUUUUAUCGAUUCCGAGGACGACGGGCAGGAAUUGGGUGCGGAUUUGCCGUUGUCCGAUGGCGAUGCGUUUCCGGGUGCGAGUCAGGAUGGUGAAUUUGACGAUGGCCUUACGUUACGCUCUACCGGAAGGACACAGGGCACAAGUGCUCGCCGCGACCCCACUCAAGCUUCGAAGAAAGCACCAAUUCCUAUUGUGGAUGACGAUUCCGAUGAUGGGACAACAUUUAAAGGGUUUGGCGCGAAGAGGAGUGGAAGGAAGAAGUGA